GUCAAAGGAGACAUCUACAUCAGUCGGCGACGAGGUAAACGGCAACACGUUUAAAAACACAUUUUCUUUUAACGCGCGGCAUUAUUUUUGCAGAGGGAUGGACGAGCGACGCUUUAGCAUCACCGGUGAAGGCGUGUGUACCGUCACGUGUCAACGGAUGGUGAUUGACAGCAUGCUGCUGUGGUGAUUUCGGGGAUAGAGCUGGCUCGUCAGCUCCACAGAGAAAUCCAGCGGGAUGUGGAAGAGCUGGUGGCUCAAGGCAACAUGAGACCCCACCUAGGAGUGGUCUUGGUGGGGGACGACCCAGCCAGUCGUACCUAUGUUAGGAACAAGACCCGAGCAGCCAGCAUCCUGGGUAUUUCCAGUGAUACAGUGGUGCGGCCCAGUUCGGUGUCCCAGGAGGAGUUAUUGGAGCUGAUUGACAAGAUGAACCGUGACUGGAGGGUCAGCGGCCUGUUGGUGCAGCUACCACUUCCAGAGCACAUAAAUGAGCGAGCAGUGUGUAAUGCCAUCGCUCCAGAGAAGGAUGUGGAUGGUUUCCAUAUUGUGAAUAUUGGGAAACUGUGUCUGGAUCAGAGAUCUAUGGUGCCCGCGACACCUGCAGCUGUCUGGGAGAUCAUCAAAAGAGCAGGUAUUGAGACGGUAGGAAAGAAUGUACUGGUCGCUGGUCGCUCCAAAAAUGUUGGAAUGCCCAUCGCAAUGUUGCUGCACACCGAUCGCAACCAUGAACGCCCCGGAGGUGACGCCACAGUGACCAUUGCCCACAGAUGUACACCGAGGGAGCAGCUGAAAGAGCUAACCAGCCUGGCUGAUAUCAUUAUUGCAGCUGCAGGUUAUCUGAGUCACAUCAACAUGUUCAGCUUGACCAGCAGCAAGAGCCCAUCCUUCAACAAAGUGACGCAAAUCUGUGGUGUUCCUGGGCUGAUCACAGCAGAUAUGGUUAAAGAGGGCGCAGCAGUCAUUGACGUGGGCAUAAAUCGUAUCCAGGAUCCGAACACGGGAAAACUCCGACUCAUCGGGGACGUGGACUUUGAGGGAGUGAAGGAGAAAGCAGGUUUCAUCACUCCUGUACCUGGAGGUGUGGGUCCGAUGACAGUCGCCAUGCUUAUGAAGAACACUGUGACUGCUGCCAGAAAUGCACUGAUGCAUUAAACACUGACACAGUAUGAAGCCAUUCAUUUUAAUGAAUGCUAUGUGGUACAAACAGUAUAUACAUACAUGCACACAUAUGUAGACACAUUCAUUUAAUUGGGUAUACACAUACACACACACAUUGCCAAACAUCUAACACACUUUUAUUUAAAAAUCCAUGAGCUCAAGCCUCCAUACCUGCUGGGAAACUUACUUGAUAUGUACUUUGUUUAUAUUGUGAAUUUUUUCAUUUAUUUAUUUAAGUUAUUUAUUUCAGAUUUCACUUUUUGAGAAUUUAGAUUCAUAUUUUUUCUACUGAAGUCGUUUUGGUUCAUUUUUGAACAUUCCAGUUUCACUGAGAAGGGAAUAUAAAAUAAAAAAACAAUGCUGUGCCGAUACUAGAAUCUCACUUUAUUUAUGUGUUUAAAGGAUAGGUUCACAUUUUUUAAGUCUGUCUUAAAAUAAUACUCACGUGCCCAUUUGGGACAAAUUCCACAGUCCUUCUAUGUAAAAGUGCAUUGCAAAGCUAAGCUGAAGCUACUUGCGCCAUCUCAGUCAGUGCAGAUGACUCAGGGGAAAGUGGGUAAACAAAACAGUGACCAUGACAAUUUUUACUGACAUCUCACGUACUUUUGGAUGGAUUGCCAUGGACCACACAGGAUGAAUCACAAUAAUUUGCUUUCUAACCAAAUACAUCCAAAAGUCUAGAGAGUUUCCAUCAGCCUCAGCUCUACCUUCUGUUUUGCUGUAAUUAGCAAAUGUUAGCAUGCUAACACUGUAAAAUAAGCAUAAAAACUCAGGAAGGUCGUAUGAUCACGGAGUUGGUUGUGUGAAGAUCAAAAAUACUUGAAAGUUUUUUUCAGAUUAAGCAUUUUUGAAGAUUGCGAUGUAACUACUGGUGCAAACGUGAUCACUGUUGGCCAGGCACUCAUGGUGAACACCGAUUGGUAAACCUGACUCUGCCUUUUGCUGCCAACCACUAAAGAACACUACACUUCAUCCUAUUUGUUAUGUCUCUAUACGUCCUCUUGUCACCUGUCAUAUAUAAAGGUAUCCACAAAAUUAAAAGAAAAAAAUCUUGAUAAAAACUUCCUUGUUUAAUCACACCUCUGGGAAAAUUGAGGCUUUCACAACACAUGUAACUGUAAAUGAAGCAACCUCUCAAAGUGCAAAAGAGGUAUUU